GGCCGCGGGGGGCGAGGCGGGGGGCGCGAUGGACGAUCUGUUCAUCGUGGACCAGCACGCCGCGGACGAGAAGUAUAAUUUUGAGACGCUGCAGCAGACGACUAGGAUCGAGUCGCAGAGGUUGUUCAAGCCGCGACAGCUCGAGAUCACCGCGGCCGACAAGCUCGUGGCGACGGAGAACCUGGACGUGCUGAAGCAGAACGGGUUCGAGCUCGACCCGGGCGAGGAGAACGACUCGGGAGAGAAGAGGGAAGUCAAGUUGGUCGCACAGCCUUUCAGCAAGAGCACGGUCUUUGACAUGAAGGAUCUGGAGGAGUUGCUGCAUCUGAUGCGGGAUCUGCCCCCGGGGACGAUGGUGCGCUGCUCGAAGGCCCGCGCGAUGUUCGCGAUGCGCGCGUGCAGGAAGAGCAUCAUGGUCGGCAAGGCCCUGGACGCGAAGCAGAUGACCGCGGUCGUGCGGCACAUGGGCACCAUGGAGCAGCCGUGGAACUGCCCGCACGGGCGGCCGACUAUGCGGCACUUGUCGGAUCUCAUGGCUUUCGGGCGGUGGGACGCGGCGCGCAAGACGGAUUGGGCGGUGUAUAGACCUCGGAUAUAGGGGGCGUGGCGGCGUCUUGCGUUCUGUUCUGUUCUGUUCUUGCUUAGUUUUUUUUUUUUUGCUUUGCUUUGCUUUGCUGUGCUUAUUUUUUGUCUAGUUGUAUAAUGGAACUGCUUCAUCUC